AAUUGUUAUUGACAAAGCCAAAACUUGUUUAAAAUAGGUAUUUAAUAUUUUUGUUUCUCAGUAACCCGUAAAAUUGAGCAAAAUGGUGACUAUAGCAAAAAUUAAAGGUUUUGAUGCCUUUGUUAAUUAUACUCAGAGCAUAGAUCCUGAAGGUCCUCUGGUGCUAUUUUACUUUAGUGGUUCCAAAACUGCCGAAGGAAAAAGUUGGUGCCCUGAUUGUGAGAUAGCUGAACCAAUUGUGCAAGCAUUUUUAAAUGAAGUAAAGAAGGAUUUCAUAUUUGCCUAUGUGGAUGUUGGGGAUAGAGACUAUUGGAAGAACCCUGAGUGUCCAUUCAGAACAGAUGCCAGAACAAGGCUUAUGGUAAUUCCUACAAUCAUCAAGUGGAAAGGUGUACAAAGGCUAGAGGGUAGUCAAUGUAAUAAAAGAGAACUCUUGCAAAUGUUAUUUGAAGAUGAAGAAGAUUAAUUAUUUUUGAGUGUAGCUAUACCCAAUAAAAUGCAAAAAAAAAUUCUUAAAUAUAUUUCAAAUCAGUGAAAGACAAUAUCCAGUACCUAUUUUUUUUAUUAAACUAUACAAUGUUAUUUUUUGUGAAAUAAAAAAGGUAACUUAUACUUAGUUUAGGUGAGGUAAAAAUGUGACAUGAAAAGAUUUCAAAUAAUUUCAUUGUUAUUUUCUGUCUAUAUUUAUUAGGAAAGAAAUGUUGUUUUCAUUGAUAUUUUUGUUCUCCAAAUAUGUAUAUAAAUAAGGUUAGGAUAUUUAAUAAAUCCUUUUGCAUUUUUA